AAGCUUAGCCGGAACCUAAUUCAUCUCUACGGUAGAUUGAGUUUUGUUGAUUUAUCGUUGUUUUGAUCGUCUUCGCAUUUCGAACAGGUACAAUGACGAACUUGUUUUCACUCUCCGCCGGUGACUGGCCUGACCACUGCCGAUUGGUGAUGUAUUAUCCUACCGGGCGCUACAUUCAGUUCCUCAGGGCCUGGUGCCCACGGGGUCCCACAAUAGCACAUCUUCCGUGAGCUUCUCCUGGAUCUUCCGGAGGUCGUCAGACAUCACGAUGUUGAACAACGAUGUUUGACAUAUAAAAGGCGGACAUGGCACUACGAAGGUAAUAUCUCUCCAGUCAUCUCAAGCAGUCUUCUCGCCUGACCUUUAGUUACCCUUCAAAUCAUUAAGUCCACACCUGUUUCACAUCAUCGCACCAUGUCGAACGGCCCAAUUACCACCGAACAGGUGGUACUCGACCACGUCAAGGGUGAUAUCGAAGACUACGAUGAUGUUGUCCAAUCAGCACGACAAGGUAUGGAAAGCGAGAAAUCGCUAUCACUCAAGGAAAGUCUAAGACGUUAUCCACGAGCGGUAGCUUGGUCCGUCUUGCUAUCCACAUCACUUGUCAUGGAGGGCUUUGACGUCAUCCUCAUCAAUAACUUUUAUGCUCUUCCUCAAUUUGUCCAGAAAUAUGGUGUUGAGCUUGAAGGCGGUUGGUCUAUUACUGCCGCUUGGCAAGCAGGUCUCACCAACGGUGCCAACGUCGGUGAAAUCAUCGGUCUCUGCAUAAAUGGCUGGGCGUCUGAGAGAUUCGGUUACAAGAAGACAAUGAUUGGUGCCCUUAUCAUGAUGAUUUGUGCUAUCUUUAUUCCCUUCUUCGCGCAAAAUAUUCAGACGCUGCUGGCGGGUGAGAUCUUACAAGGGAUCCCCUGGGGUAUCUUCCAGACUCUAACUACCGCAUACGCCGCCGAGGUCUCUCCAGUAGCUCUCCGACCGUAUCUGACGGCAUAUGUCAACCUCUGUUGGGUAAUAGGUCAAAUUAUUGCUUCCGGAGUCCUUCGAUCCGUUCUGUCAAUGGAAACGCAAUGGGCUUAUAGGCUACCCUUCGCUCUCCAGUGGAUUUGGCCCGUUCCAAUUUUAGUUGGCUGUCUUUUCGCCCCCGAAUCACCUUGGUGGCAAGUACGAAACGGCCGACACGAUGAUGCUCGACGAACAAUUCGACGGCUCUUUAGCAACCCUUCUGAUGAGGAGGUUGAGAACUCGCUCUCCCUCAUGAAACACACCAACGCCAUUGAAAAGACCAUGGCCGAAGGUACUAGCUACUGGGAUUGCUUCAGAGGUGUCGAUCUUCGCAGGACAGAGAUUGCGGCUGCGGCUUGGAUGAUUCAGAAUCUGUGUGGAGCUGCAUUCAUGGGUUAUUCUACCUUCUUCCUGGAGCAAGCCGGUCUCCCUACCACCCAGGCCUUUAACCUGUCCGUUGCCCAGUAUGCUCUCGGUAUCUGCGGGACUGUUGUUUCAUGGAUCCUUAUGGGACGUGUCGGCCGGAGGAGACUAUAUUUGGCCGGUCUCGCCGGCAUGGUCGUCUUUCUUGUAGUCAUUGGAGGACUAGGCUUCAUUUCAGUUUCAAAUUCGGGUGCUCAGUGGGCUAUCGGGGCGCUGCUUCUCGUCUACACUGCAUUGUAUGAUGGGACUGUUGGUCCUGUUUGUUACACCAUCGUCGGCGAAAUUUCGUCAACUCGACUCAGGGCCAAGACUGUUGUAAUCGCUCGAAUCGCAUACAAUAUCAUCGGUAUCGUCAACGCUGUUAUCAUGCCUUAUUUCCUCAACUCUGCCAAGUUGAAUUGGGGUGCCAAGACCGGCCUUUUCUGGGGCGGGUUCGCGUCCUUAUGUUUCAUCUGGACGUAUUUCAGGCUUCCCGAAGCCAAAGACAGGACAUAUGGUGAACUCGACGUCCUAUUUGAGAACAAAAUCUCUGCCAGGAAAUUCGCUUCGACAACCGUUGAUCAGUUCGCUGGCCACGAAGCCCAGUUUGAUGAUACUAUUCCCGUUGAAACGUUUGACGAAAAACUGUCUGGCAAGCCUUCCGUCACCCACGUGGAGUAUAUGCCAACGGAUUCAAAAAAGUAGAAGCUAGAGCAGGGCGAGGUCAUCAAGUUUUAACAGGCUGAAUUGGAAGCGAGAAAUGGGAGAAGUAUUUUCUGUGCUGAUUGGCGUCAAGAAUUUAGGGGUUUGAAGUUUUGAAAACAAAAGGUCUUCUCAAUCGAACACGUUGUACUGGGUAAUUGAGAUAUAUGUAUGUUGAGCGCGUGUCCAUGCGUUUUAGCCCUGAUUUUUGCAAGAUAAAAAUCCUGAUUCCCUAUCAGAUCGAUGGUACGAUUUGUUAGGCAAGGACGCUCAUCAUGCGGAUGCACGCAUGUACUAUA